AUGGAGUACUCGCCGAAGCUAUCAGUUGUACUGCUCUUAGCUCUCGCGUCCGCCAUGGUGGUCGUCACGGCCCAGAACUCGCCGCAGGACUUCGUGGACCCCCACAACGCGGCGCGCGCCGACGUCGGCGUCGGGCCGGUGACCUGGGACGACAACGUGGCCGCAUACGCGCAGAACUACGCGGAGCAGCGCCGCGGCGACUGCCAGCUGGUGCAUUCGGGCGGGCAGUACGGGGAGAACAUCUACGGAGGCCGCGGCGGCGGGGCCGACUGGACCGCCGCGGACGCCGUGCAAGCGUGGGUGUCGGAGAAGCAGUACUACGACCACGGCAGCAACAGCUGCUCGGCGCCGGCGGACAAGUCGUGCUUGCACUACACGCAGGUGGUGUGGCGCGACUCGACGGCCAUCGGCUGCGCCCGCGUCGUCUGCGACGGCGGCGACGGCCUGUUCAUCAUCUGCAGCUACAACCCGCCGGGCAACUACGAGGGGGUGAGCCCAUCUAGGCUAUGCAUGCGUGCGUGCAUGUACGUAGCAGCGCAUAUAUUGCAUAAAGAAUAA